CAGCCAGUACUAUAUAUUUAAUUUAUUGGUUAGUGUGUUCUAUACACCCAGACAGCUGGAUUAAUUAUGGACUUGCAUGUUGUGUGAACAAAGCCUCUAAGUUGCACUUCGAUUUGUAAUAGUAACUGAAUUGUUGUAGAUCUCUCUCUCUAGCUUAGAAUAAGUUUUUUUAGAUAGCGCUCUUAAUUCCUAAUGAGUCUAACAUUUUUGAAUAUGCAUUUUUUAUUGUUUCUACUUAUUUAGCACCACUAGUAUAUUCUACCUCCCUGAAUUUCAAAAGCAAAUAUAAACAAGGGGGUAGGUAUCGGCCCUAAAAGACCUUAACAUUUAAAGCAAACAAUGGAGAAGAGAAUAAAACCGGGCGGUAAGAAGAGGAGGAUGGAAAGACAUGAAUGGAUCUGGAGGAUGACAUGGAAUUUGGCUAGAUUGUGAAUGAGCAGAUGUGGUAACUGAUGAUGAUUAAACACGUCUGGAUUUGCUGAGGGAGGCAGAAGGCUGGCCAGAGCUGGAGUCUCAAGAGUUCUGAUGCCAGGCCUUCAUAAAAAGCCAUGAUCACACUGAUAACUGAGCAGCUACAAAAGCAGAGCUUGGAGGAAUUGAAAUGCACAUCCUUCAGCAUCAGCCUGGUCUGGAGUCCAUGGUGAACGUGCCUGGAAAUUAAUAAAUUAUAGCAGCACAAAGUCACUGCAGGUGCAGCCAGGAACAGAACUCAUCUUUUCCAUACAGAAGUUUGAACACUGAGGUGUAGACUUCCAAGAAUGGGAUGUGGCCUAAUGAAGCUUUUGCAGGGAAGCCUUUGCCCGAUCAUGCUGAUGUGGCCAGCUGUGGCAGCCCCUUCCAGAUAGCGCCUGAGGGAACUUCAUGGAGGGACCUAGCUCCCUGUCCAAAGAUCCAUCUCCAAGACAAUACAGAUCUUUACCAACAGUCCAGCCUGAGCCUUCCCUUGCCAACGUGCAGCCCAGAAAACAGCCCUCGGAACAAUCUUGCAUCCCAAACACUGGCCACCAACUCAUUAGUUUCAGAAAAAGUUUCUGUGCCCCCAACCAAAAGACACUGUCGUUCACUCUCAGUGCCAGAAGACCUUUCCCGCUGGCAAGCUGUCUGGAGGCCCCUGGGCUCCAGAGUGUGGACACACAUCAAACGUCGGGAGAACAGUGGAGGGGACACUUUGGCAGUACAAUCCCAGAGCCUGGUUCAGGAAGCCAACAGACUUUGCUUCAAUCCAGUCCCCAGUGCCUCUUACCAGUGUGUUCAAGAUGGUGCUGUUGGUGGCAGGAGUCCACCUUUCUUCAGUCUGGCUCUGUCUCGCGAAUCGCCAGCAAGUGUACCCUGGGAGACUGGAGAGACUUUGCAGCCCUACCCUCUGCAACGACGUUUCUCUUUGUCACCCGUCAGAUUCUUGCCUUCCCCCCAGAGCUCUACCACUUCCACACCAGAGCUACUUCGACACCAGCACAGCCUCCCUCGCAGCCGCUCACAGCCUUGUGACUUGGACACCAGGAAAUGUGGUCUCAAGCGGCGCCAUGAAGAGGAUGUGAGGUGGCAUAGGCCCUCCCUUGAUUUCUACAAGAUGAAUCAGAAACCAUUUGCAGGGGGAGUCUGUCAGUUAGACAAAUCUGAGGAAGGCGGCUAUCCAUCAUGGCUCUUGGCUUGCAGCCCACAAGCACCUUCAGCUCCUUGCAGUCCCAUCAAUAAUUGUAUCCAGGUGCUCAGUGAAAGUGAAGAGGAGGAUGAUGAGGAAGAAGCAGCAGCACAAGCAGCACGACAAAUAAAUUGGAGUUUAGCAAGCAAAAGGACACUCUUCCAACCAGACUUUAGUGAUCUGGAUCUAACUUUGAUUGAAGAGAACUAGCAUUUGGAUGUCUGCUUGAGAAACUGACUUUGGAGUCAGCAGCAAAGGGAGGCUGCACUCCUGGAUAAGGGUGGGGGAGUGGGGUGGGG